AUGUCAUCAAGUAAUCAAUUGGCAUUAAUUGAGAAAUUAACCGGCCGUGAUAACUAUGCCACAUGGCGUUUUGCUGUUAAAACGUACUUGCAACAUGAGGAAUUAUGGGAUUGCGUGGAAUGUGUAAAUUCAAGCGCAAUUGACACAAAGCGUGACACUAAAGCCAGAUCGAAAAUAAUACUGCUUGUCGAUCCUGUUAACUAUGUUCAUAUUCAAGAAUCAUGCACUGCGAAAGAAGUUUGGGAAAAUUUAUCUCACGCUUUCGACGACUCCGGACUAACACGCCGAGUUGGUCUGCUGCGUGACUUAUGCAAUACUACACUAGCUGGAUGUUUAAAUGUAGAGGAGUAUGUUAGUAAAAUAAUGACAACAGCUCAUAAGUUAAGGAACAUUGGCUUUAAUGUGAACGAUGAGUGGCUAGGCACACUUUUGCUGUCCGGCCUUCCAGAAAGUUAUAAGCCAAUGAUAAUGGCCAUUGAAGGCUCAGGUAUGAAGAUUUCCUCUGACUCAGUGAAAUCAAAAUUAUUACAAGAUGUUAAACAAAAUGAAAGUGAUUCUUCAGCUCUUGCUACAAGUCAGAAGUUCCACAACAAAAAUAAAAGAUUUUCUAAAGGUCCUCGCUGCUAUACGUGCAACAAAUAUGGGCAUAAAAGUCCUGAGUGCAAAUCAUCAAAAUCCAAUAAGGAUCAGAAGAAUACAAAUAAACAAAACAGUACGUCUUAUGCUGCCGUCUUUAUAGCUUCUUCUGAAUACUCCGAUGACUGGUAUGUUGAUUCUGGUGCUUCUGUACAUAUGACCAAACACAAUAAUUUGUUUAUAGAAGAAACAACUCCACACAUUAAAAAUAUUAAAGUUGCAAAUAAUAAAACACUGUCUGUCUUAAGCUCUGGAAAAAUAAGCUUGAGUGUUUAUGACGGAAGAGGCCAACAAAAUGAUAUAUUGUUUACAAAUGUAUUAUAUGUACCUGAACUAGCUACAAACCUGCUGUCAGUAAGUCAGAUUAUUAAUAAUGGUGGCCAAGUGAAGUUAAAUAAGAGUGGCUGUGUUAUUCUUAAUAGAAAGAAUGACAUAGUAGCAACAGCAAGUUUAAUAAAUAAUAUGUACCGACUGAACGUGCCUGGUGGCUAUACAUGCAUAUCAGAUAUUAUUGAGCAAGAUACUUACCUGUGGCACCAAAGGAUGGGUCAUCUGAAUUUUCAGAGCAUGAAGAAAUUGACCGAGAAUACUGCAGAUUUAAAGUCAAGUCAAAGAAAAUGUUAA